AUGGCAUUGUCUAUUCUUCGAGAAAUAGCUGAAUGUAUGCAGAAGUCUACAUUUUUCUCCCUCAUGUGUGACGAAUGCACAGACUCAUCCAACAGAGAGCAGCUGGUAUUAUGUAUUCGCUGGCUUGAUCAUGGCAAUGUAAAGCCACAAGAAGAUGUCAUUGGUAUGUACCAGAUUGAUGACAUCUCAGCACAUACCAUUGUCAGUGUCAUCAGAGAUAUGUUGGUGCGCAUGAACUUCUCACUGUCAAGAUGUCGAGGGCAAUGCUAUGAUGGUGCUGCCAACAUGAAGGGUGGGAAUACCGGUGUUGCAAAGCAGCUAUUGGAUGAAGAACCCCGAGCUUUAUAUACCCAUUGUUACUGGCACGCUUUGAACUUGGCUGUUGGGGAUGCUGUAAAACAUUACAAAGUGGUGAAGGAUGCACUGGACACCACUUAUGAAGUCUCAAAGCUUGUGAAGUACUCUCCAAAAAGGGAUACUGCUUUGCAAACGUUGAAGGAAAGUCUUGCAGCAGACACCCCUGGUUUCCGCACAUUGUGUCCAACAAGGUGGACGGAGCUUUGGGAGAUGUCAAAAGACUACGUUUCUGAUCCUGCUAUCAAGGGCCGCAUCAUUGGCGCUCAAUUCCAGUUUAAAACGUUUCGAUAUUUGUUUGGGGUUGCUUUGGGACAACUAAUUCUGAGGCAUAGUGAUAACUUGAGGAAGACCCUACAAUCACCCAAGUUGUCUGCUGCUGAGGGUCAACGGAUAGUUUUGAUGACUGUUGCAACUCUGCACGUGCUCAGAGACGACACACAGUUCGAUCUUUUCUGGAAGAGUCUUCAAGAGACAAGGACUAAAUUAGAUGUUGAUGACCCCAGAAAGAAGACAGUUCCAAGGCGAUAUGAGGAGGGCAGUGCUGAACCUGAGUUUUUCGAUGUUUGCAAGCAAUUUUAUUGCCAGCAAUAUUACGAAGCACUCGAUUUAAUUGUGAAUGCUAUUCAAGCCAGGUUUGAUCAACCCGGAUUCAAAAUGUACCGCAACUUGCAGGACCUUUUGCUAAAGGCUGUCAAGGGUGACGAUUAUAGCGAAUGCCUCAACCAUGUCACUUCAUUGUAUCAUGACGAUUUAGAUGCCCAACAACUGCAGCUUCAUCUUGAAAUUUUGCAAGCCAACUUUGGUCUCGUAGACAAGACUUCUGUGACAGAAAGGGAUUUGAUGUCGGAAGUAGUCUCCGUCCUUAAACUCAUUAUGGUCUUGCCAUCUACCAACACCGUCAGUGAGAGGUCAUUUAGUGCCCUCAAGAGAUUGGAAAGGUACCUUAGGAGUACAAUGAAGCAGGAUAGAUUAAAUCACCUACUCUUGCUGUAUGUGCACAAGGAUCGUACUGAUUCGCUGUCGCUGACACAUGUAGUUGAACAGUUUGUCAAUAGUUCUGAACAUCGAUUAUCAGUAUUUGGACAGUUCUCGUAG